AUGACCAGGUACAUCGGAUCCGAGCCGAUCGGCUCUCCUCAAUACAGCCUCCCUUCCAUCCCUCUGUCUCUCCCUUUUUACUUUCCUGUCAAAAGUCCCCCUGGCCAGUCUCCAAGACCAGCCGCUGUCGUGUUGCACGGUACGUCCGACCGGGACGUGUCCAUGGGCAAGACGGCUGGGCAUAAGUCACUAGGAGGGAUGAGCGAAAAUGUCUCAAACAACUCGGACUAA